CGCAGUUGGUGCGGCAGCAUAAUAAAAUUUACCAUAAAAUUUUCUCCGUGUGAUCACGUUUAAAUACAUGAAAGUCCGUUGCGACGUUUCACGCAGUGAAUAGAAUAUAUCGUAGAAGCUUACUGUAGCUUAAAUAUGGAAAUAAAUAUAAUUGAGUAUCGUGUCCAUUGUCUUUCGGCUUAUACUUUAAAUGUCUCGUAUUACGUCGAAAUUGCGUUUCUAUUUGCCAAUAAACGUAUUUUUAAACUUUACACGAUGGUUUUGUUAAACAGAAAAUUCACGAAUGAACGACGACGACAAUUUAAGCGCAAUAUUCGCUACACAUCGACGGAAUAAUGCAGAUUAAUUCUUUUGUCUUGCCGCAGCAAGAUCGCCGGCCCGGCAAAAUUACCGAGCGGUUUCUGCCGCGCAAGAAUGGUUUUAUGACAAUUAAUAAUACUAACAGCGAGAAAGAGAAAGACCUGUUGCUUGAUAAAUUUAGCCUAUCUGCGUGAGACAUUAUCUCGAAAAACUAACUUCUACAGCAUCGUAUAAAUUUCGUAGUUGACCCUGCCAUCUGUGAGAAGUCGUUUUCUCCCCGUCUAGGAUGGGAUUAAGCGGUAUCUCUCCCGUAUCCCAUUUCCGGCGCAGCCUUCGACCUAUGUAUAGGUCUUCUUGGAUAGAAUAAAAAGAUACGCGAGAGAAGGCUCGAGUAAAAGCAACCAUACAUCGUGGUCGUUAGAUGUAAUUAUUGUCGUAUUUAUUCUCUUUUAUUUUUGUGCGAAUUAUAUAUCAAAGCAUCUGUUGAUUUUUUAUUAGGACACACAUACUACACAUAUAACAUACGCACACAUAUAAUAUUACGCAACAUCAUGAACAUUGUAUCAAGUACUCACGGUAACGAUAAUUAAUGUCGUUCAAAGAAAUUGCACUUUCCUUUUUUCUACUUCCAAACUAUCGUUCGGGACGAAACUGCAAUAAAGGAGAAAGAGUAUAGUUUCUUGGCGCGUUGUACGAGGUUAAUGUUUCCGAUGUCGUGAUCAUCUUGCUGGAACGUUUGUGGAACUGCAUAUUGCAUGUGUUGCAGAAAGUGGUUCAACAAAAACUACAUUAAUGUAUGAUUUUACAGAUACGUCUUUCUCGUGUCAUCUUGAAAACUACAAGAAUAAUUUACGUUCUUUUUUUUGUCACGGAAAUCUCGAGAGGAAAACUACCUGGGAAAGUACCUUAGCAGCAACUAUGUCGCGAUGAAAUUGAAAAUUAAAAUUUAUGAUCGCAUUAAACUGCAUAUAGCGACAUGCCACGCAAGUGGCAACUCCCCGAAGUUUCACAACAAUACAAGUAAUUACACGAGCAACUAGUUUUCUUUCUUAUCUUACAAUUAGAUGCGCUCGAAUGUUCUCUCUCUCUCUCUCCCUCCCUCUCGAGUCCCGUGCGCAUAAUUUUCAAAGGGAUAUUUUUCUCCAUAAACAUGUGAUGCACAUAUAAGAAAAUCUCCGGCGAUAAACUGCUAAAUCCCGCAGGGUUGUCCCAUUUUUCGCUAUACAUGACGUGUUGUGAAUUAAUCUCGGCCCCCCUUUUAACAAGAUUAUGGUCUUUUACGCUAUCCAGAAGCGGCCGAGCGAUGGUUUUUCUCUAACGGGAGAAACCGGGUUUUACCCGGUUAAAAGUGUUUUACGUUAUUUUUCGUUGAAAAAUUUUCGUGUCGCAUAUAAGUAAGCUCUUCUACAAAUCACCCUAAAAUACUACUUACGAUACCGUACACCGUGGGAGCAUAAAUAAAUCAUUACGCUAUUUUACAGAAUAUAAGAGCAUAUAAAUUUUUACGAUUUUCGUAUAAAAAAGCGGACAAGGAUUUUUGUGAGAUUUAUGAGGUAAGCCAAAUUUGUGGAAAAAAAACAUUAGACGCUCGAAAAAUUCACAAAUUUUCUAUCGACCGAAGAAUAUCCUUUUUACGUGUAAAGUAUAAUAAAUUUCGACCCUCGCCACUCGCUGACAUUUUUAUCUACUUUGUCGGCGGGCCCAUCAAAAUCCUCUUUAAAAGUAAAAAAAUUUCAUGCAAUGGAAGCUUCAAAAGGUACAAAAGAUACAAAUCCAAUCGCACAAGCGAAUGUAUCAAUUUACGAUCAAUUUUGCAGUGAUAUUCAUCUUCGAUAAGAACAAUCUACAUAUCGGGAUGAUUUUGCGUAUAAAAUCUAUUCAACGGGCAUCAGAUAAUCGAUACAUGGCGUGACUUGUUGCAUCGAAAUACUCGAUUUCCGACAGACUUUCCGUCGCCAAUCCACCGGACUUCCGUUCUUAAUUAAUUACGAAGCGGCUUAAGUCGGCUUAAAGUAAAAUCUGAAAUAGUUGGGAAACGGAGAUUCGUUUUACUGCCGCGUCGUAACUCACUUUUCACUCACUUUCACGGGAAAUAUACAAUAGAAAGCACCGAAGGAAGCAACUUCGUCGACGACGGUUGAUAUCGAACGACACUUAUCGUGUUAGUAAUGAUCGUCUUGUGACGUGAUGAAAAAUAUAAAGUCUACGGUAGAACUAUCGGUAAGAAUUAACCGCCCACUAUAUUACGCGAAUAGUAAUCUCUGUGACACGGAUAUAGCACAAUAAACAUUCCAGUUGAUACGUAGUUUAUAGAUAGUAGAUCGAUAAUCAUUCGGCUUUACUGUGUUUACAUGCCAUCAGCUAUCUGCAAUUGAUAUCGUAAAGACGUAGAGCGACAGCAUGAGCGGGAAUAAAAAUAACUGGCCCAUAAAGAAACGCUCUAUACUCCGUCACGUAAAUAACCGCUGCAUAUUAAUAGCUUUUAAUUGUGCGAUUAACGACGAUAAUUUUGUACCGUUAUCCUGCAACGUAGCGCGUGCAGGAGGGCGCGUUACAAGAGAGCGAUAUAUUAAAACGAGACAUAUACGGCGUAUCUUACUUUCUGCCUGCCGACAUUCAAAGAAACGCGGCGAGGGGAAAUAUUUGCGAACGCGGGAGGAAUCUUCCACGAGUUGAAUUCUCGCAAUGGCGAUAUAACCGUUCGCCCCUUUUGUGAUGCAACUCAUGAAUGCCCAUUUUGACCCGGCGAGGAAUCUGCCUGCGGUACACAUACAUCCAGCGCAAUAUCGUCGUGGCGGUAUUCUUUUCUGCGGCCCGUGACAGCUCGCUUAACCGGAAGGAAGCCGAUAGGAAGCUAGCAGCACGUGAAACGAUGGAGCUAGAUUCUCGAGUGUAAAAUAUAAAAAGGGCACGGGUGAUAAACGCACGUGCCGCUUGAUAUACGAUCGUAAAUAGCGAGCCACGAUCGUUGUUAGAAUCUUGAAAUCCGAGAUAAUUCAUCUUAACAAAGUAAAGUGUCACGCGAUAUUUUAAAUCACGACAGUUACGUCUCAUGUCAUUUUUAUGACGUUUGUCGACACGCAGGGUUAACAUUGUAACACUUUUCAAUUGAAGAAAGGUUAAAGGUUCAGAAUACAUUAUUCUAUAAGCUGGUAUUUCUUGAUUUAAUAUAUAUUAAAAUGACAGUCGGUCGAAUAAAUUUUACAUUACGAUACAUCACUUAAAUCGACGAUUUACGAUGAUAUUGCUUUUUGUCAAUUAUUAGGAAAAAUUAACGUAAAAUUUUAACGUAAAAUUCAAGGUUUAUUUAACUUACGCGUCUUUUUGUUUCAACGCCCUGUAUAAUGCACGCGAAAUUAGGUUAACGACUUUCGAGAUUGCACGAUCAUUUCGGGUAGCUUUAAGCGACACGUUUUCCCAUUAUUACGGAAUAGUAAUUUCAUUGCCAUCAUAAAAAGCAGUAUCUUGUCCGUGCUGUACUGUCUGGGGUAAAUCGUGACGGAAAGACGCGUAUAAAAAGAAAUAUCGAUAGCUGCGCGAAAUCUAAAAAUAACGGCAAUAAAGAAUUGACUUGUCGACAGUUUAUGAGGAUCCAGGAUCUAGAUACGAUCGAUCGGUAGGUUUUCAGGUCGUGAUGGUUAUUUUGAAUAUUGCUACCGAUACGUGAAUGUAACUCGCAGCAGGACACUGGGUAGAAUUACGCUAGAUCAAUAAGAUGACGUGUAAAUGAAGCAUUUCUCUUAAAUCCUUUAUUUCAUAAAUUAUACGGUCAAUCGAUUUUUAGCACGCGAUAUAAUAUUUAAGUGUUCACGUAUAUUUGACAGAAUUUUGAUCUAUUUCACAGCCCGGCGGAGUCUCGCCUCGUCGCUAGUUUAGAUUGAGGCCAACGAGGCGCAAUUAGACAGAAAUCUUGAUAGCGGCACACACUUAUAGUCAACCUAUGAUGAUUAUAAUUCAAUUAAAUUUUAAUAAUAUAAUUUUAGGCUACAUAAAAUAUUUAUCUUUUUAUCUCGUGGAUAUGAAGCAAAUGCCUCGACGUAUUUCUAACUAUGUUAUCUUGAUACACGGUUGAUAAUGUUUAUCAAGAUAAUGCAAACACCAUGGGAGCUGUUGACUUGAUACUCGGUGUUGACUUGGUAUUCGAUAUCCCUUGUACCAAGCCGCACGGGUUGGCUUUUGCUAUUUUGCAGAUAACAACGGCGGCAUGAACGUACGAGACUGGUUACAAAGUGCCAUUUGCAGAGAGUUGCGCGAUCCGGAGCGUUCUAUCAAGAUUGCAUCUCAACGACUUCCAAACUUUGUGUACGCAGUGUAGCCUGUAGAACGCGAAGACAGACACUUGAUACAUGUAGACGUAAAAGUGAACAAGAAAUCGUAGGACAUAGUUAGACUACGUGUGAAAUGUGAGAAUUCGAAACGAGCCAGCAUGGAGAUCAUCACGAAACGCGACGCAACGACCAAAAACUCGAUGGCCUCCGUGAGGUUCGCCAAGCUGCAAUUCAUGUUCCUUCUUGGUCCACAAGGGGGGAUGUGACUUAAUUUGGGAGCGAGCCUCGACGAUGAAUCGCCUCAGGGAUCGUCAAAUAGAAACAUAGGCGCAUAACAAACAAACAAAAAUUAAGAGGAUUACUAUAAAAAGUACUUGCGACGCGUAGUGCGACUAGAUAAGGCUGAAAUAUGGAUUCGACGAAAUUGGGCGGUCCAGCACCGACCAGUCCGAGGACUCAUUCGCCAGUCCUGCCAAGCUACCCCGCGCCCGGCGACGGUAAUAUCGAUUACAUCAUAGGCGACUACAUGGAGAGACUAGGCACGAGACUGAACAUUCUUGAAACCGAGUUGAAGUAUGCGUGGAGGGCACUGGAUCUUCUCAGCCAGGAGUACAUAAAAAUGUGGGAAAGAUUAGAGAAGCUGGAGGGCCUGCUGUACGAGCAGCAGAACGUUAUCAGCCAGCUGAUUGAGUUUUAUACCAGCGGCGGCGCUCACGAUAACGUGAGUAUCGUCGAGGAGACUUUGGCCAACCAGCAAGGCUCGGUAGGUGAGCUAGACGCGAUAGCGGAGAGUCUGGGUGCUGCGAUAAGCAUCGAGGAGACCACUGUGCUACGGGAGAAACUGGCACAACAGGAGCUGGCAAGAAUCGGGCUCACGCAGGACAGUACAACGGCCGCGGCUGUGGUCACCGACAUGCACAGGAAUGUCAGGAAUUUGGACACUUUGGAGACCCUUGAGGAAGAGGGCAACAUUCCCGACGAGGCAUUUUACAGAAGCCUGAAUAACGCCUAUAGGGAAGAUUUGAUUUGUGGCGACACGUCGAGACCGACGUCGCAGCUGGGUAUGAUCUGGGAGGAGGCCGAAGACGAGGACAUAAACGGCAAGAAGGAGAUCGAGUCCAGCAUCUUCGACAAGACUAUACCGAAGGAAAAGGAACUGGAAGAACUGUCCAACCAACCGACCAAGGAGGAAGUGCAAACCUCCAUAAUGAAGAAGGAGGAUGAGGCGGACGAGGAUGAGGGCGAGGUGUUCAGCGCGGCCGAUUACAAGAGCUACAGAGGGAACACGCCGUGCGUCAGCGAGCAAGAUCUCGCUCAACUCUCGAGACUCAGCUCCCUCGAUCAGGUGGCGUUAGAAAAAUUGCACGAAAUAGAUAGGCUAACCAGCAAGUUGCAAAAGGAUUCGCAAAAUCUAAUUGAAUUGCAAUCGAGACUGAUAGACUCGCCGAAGCGAAACCAAUAUGCGUCCGAGGCCGAAGCGAAACUGGCCGAGGAGGCGAGUAGCAUAGAUGAACAACUGAGGAAGAUCUACGCGGAGACCGACGUGGACAGCUGGACCUUCUCCAAAAGUCCCAGCUCCACCGGCAGAUCGAUCUCCAGAGUCAGUACUGACAGCGGAUUGGCCACCGAUGGCGACUUUACAACGAGAUCUAUAUCGCCAAGACUGACUUCUACGUCCAGGAGUAAUUUAGACUCUAUUUCGACUACUUAUACCCCGCCUAGAUUAGGAUAUACAUCGGCCAUACUAGAAAAGAGCCCGGAGCCCGUGAUGUUGCCGAUCGAUGUCGGUAGCUUCGCAAAGGGAUACGCAGAAAACAAGGAGCUGACAGAUCUGAUGGCCGAAAGUUUCGCGACCGCCGUCACCUGCGCCUCGCCCAACAUUUACAGUACGACCACCGACAAGGUAUCGUCACCCACUUUGUCGGCCGGCAGCGUACACAGCGUUCACAGCGUCCAGGGUCUCCGCACCAGACAGGACGGUUACUUUGGCAGCGCAGCCCGACUCAAUCUCGAAUUCCAGGAAAGUCGUACACCACCUAGUCCAUCGCCUAGCUCACCACCUCCACCAGCACCGCGAGACACCACCGAGUCCUUCCUCAUGUCCGGCGCAGAACAAAGAGAAUCGGAUGCGAAGGAGUCUCAGAGCCCGAGUUUCUUGCGAAACGCGGAAAAAUUAGUCUCCAUGGAGCAAGGUCGUCUCAGCCCCCGCACUCCUCAUUCGCCCAAAUCACCACGAAUUUCACCGAAACAUGCGGGUAAAUCUGGCAGUGCCGCUAACAUAGUCACAGCUAAAUCCGAUUCCGGUCUGUCCUCUAUGAGCGGUUGGAGCAGCUUAGACAAGUCACCGUGUUCCCCGAAGAGCUCCAUCGCUAAGAUGCUGACCUCUUAUUCGGUGGAUCACACCCGCGCGAGUAGUCUCAUAUCUAGCACGCAGCCCGCCAGAACAUCCAGCUCGAUACCACCGCUUCCAGAAACGACUACUACCACCGCUAUCACGCAGGAACCACUCUAUGACACUCCCGAGGGUAGAGACGCCUUCGCGAGCGCCAUGUCGACUACGUCCGGUCAUCCCUACACAACGACGAUGAAUCACUUGUCGGCAUAUACGACCGCCAGCAAAUCGCCAGCGAAAGAAGACUAUACUUUUGUGCCACCGCCAGCUCCAGGUGUAACUACUACCUGUCAGAGUCCCAAGAAGCGCAGUCGUCAGCAGAGCCUUCAACAUUAUGGCUCGACGUCCUCCGAUACGAGCGCGGAUUAUGUCUACAGAUCGGAGCAACCGGCUAUUUACUCCGUGGCCGGUAGUAAUCGACAGCAGGCCAUUACGAGCGUCUAUACCAGCGGUGCUGGGAGCUACGGGCCCAAGACUACCACCUCGGCUUACUACCCCGCCGAGUCGAUGGAUCAAUAUACCAACUAUCAGGAUUACGCCGCGCUUCAGUACGCGGAAACAACGGGCACUAUGAUGUCCCAUGGAAAGAAACCGAUACGCGGAAACUCUUUCACAGACGGCAUGACGAACCACGAAGGAUACAAGGCGGCGAUGUAUCGCACGAUGUUUCCCACCGGCAACAUCACGGACGCUCUCUCGUACUAUCCGACCAGCGCGACUAAUCUGCCACGUACGGAGACAAACGAGAGCUCGUCGUGGUUAAACUCGAUGGAGGAACAGAUACCGCACGAUUCGACAUCUUCCAGCAUCAGAUCCUUGACUUCCGACGGGAGCUACGCUCAAAGUCCGUACACGGACCGGAGGUAUCCUCAGCCACCGGCCUAUCAAGCGCAUGCGGCGUAUCAGCAGCAUCAUAUUUACGCAAAUCAGAAUUAUCCUCAAGCCUAUCAACAGCAGUAUCAGCCGUACAGCCAGCGACUGAGCAGUGCCGAGAGCGCGCAACUCGCGGACGGUUAUCAGAGACAGUGGCAAAGGGAGCAUCAAUACAUUCAGGAUCACGAGGGCGGAAGAAUGGAACAACAACAGACGCAGCAGGGCGAGUAUUAUGACGCCUCCAGUGUGAUAGUCUCGCAAUCCGGAUACAUCAGUAUCGCCUCGAAUUUGAAAGAUCACGAGGUAGAUACUAGCAAGCUGUCGAAGAAGGUCAGGAGAGGCUCUUCGCUGAAGAACGCGAUGAGCUCCAUGAGCAACUGGCUGCCUGAUUUGCAUCUCACUAAACGUCACAGAAGUCAAUCGUUGCCAGGUGGUGUCAGAAGAGAAGAUCUGGACGUGCCGCAAGACGGUCAGCAGCCAAGAUUGCCUGCUGAAAUGAUGGGCCGAGGUCGGGGCAGAGCUCAGACCACUAGAAAAAAGAAAAAACAUACGUUGGUUUCCACGGUCUCCGGCAUUCUCCAGAAGGCCAAACGUCGCAGUCAUCAGUCCGCAUCUCUGUCCGAUCCGGAACAGUCCGAGACGGAAUGGAGCAGUGGUCGGCAAAGCGGUCUCUCGGAGGAUGAAGACAGCGUCAUAUCUGACAUCGUUCAAGAACCGCCUUUCUUCGCCAAAGUAAAGAGUGCGAGCACGAAAAGGAAGCAGCCGCCUCCGCAGCAGAUAAUGACGCAACAGCAGCAGCAGCAGCAAGCACAGAUUCAAGCGCAACAAAAGGAAUAUAUGCAACAGCAGCAAGCACAGCUACAACAUCAAGCGCAACUGCAACAGCAAGCACAGCUACAACAGCAAGCACAGCUACAACAGGCGCUUCAGCAGCAGCAGCAAGCGCUUCAACAGCAGAUUCAACAGCAUCAGGAGCAAUUGCACCAACAGGCUCUUCAAGAUACGUGGGCUAAAGAGAUCAAAGAAAAGGAUCAAAGAAAGAACGAGGUUAACGAGCAUGACGCGAACGACCAGGCAGCUUUGCUCGAGGAAGAAGCUUCGGGAAAAAGUACUGGCUCGGGAUCCGGCGGAUCGUCGAUCUUCCAAACCGUCGGCGAUAUUAAGAGAUCAACAGGCAGUUCGGAUGAGGCCCCCAAUGAGAAGGCGCCAAAACUGCCUCCAGUUACUUUGAUCGGUGGCUCGAGCAUGGAAUUUGCUGUGUCACGAGCGCUCGGCAAGUAUCGCCAACGACAAUCUUCGACAGUAUCCGAUGACCAAUCGGUGCCUGACGAGAACAACGAAAAGAAGCCGGGCGAGGAGGGCCCGGCGCAGACUUUGGAAACGAGUUUCGAGUAUCCGGAAGAUAUGUCGGAAAAGAGUGAGAAGAGCGAGAAGUCUGGCAGUGCAAAACUACCGGAACUGGUUACCAGUCUGUCGGAAGAGGCCCCACCGUCGGAGGGUAGCCCAUCGGCGUCCAUAAGAGGUUACAAUACCAUGGGAGGAACUCGAUUUUUACCGCGCCAUCAACAAUCUCUAGAGAUUCCUUGGACCGGGCGAUCGGGUGAACCUGACGAGGAUAAUCGCAGCACUCAUUCGUACAGAAGCACGUCAAGAGUGUCAUCAAGACGGCAAAGCACCGAGGACUCUAUCGAUUCCGAAGACGAAUGGUAUUGUUACGAAUUAAGAAAACUCGAAGAGAUGGAAAGACAGUCCGAGAUGGAAAUGACAGAAGCACUGAUCGAGGAACCCGAAGACGAGGUUUACCAACCAGACGAAACGGUAAAAGAAAAGAUGUCGUUCGUGCUGAAGGAGCUUAAGCUCAAAGCCGUCACGAAACCGAAAGAUCAGAGAAAGGAGGGUAGAGAAGAAUCACGAAGCAGGAUGAACGGUACGGUCAUUAAGGAACAUCGCUUCGAAGAGAACGACAGCAGGUAUCGCGACGAGAAGCCUAUACCUAAACGGAAGUCCGCGGAAAGUGUGGAAGCUGUGUUCGCCAGAGUGACCGAUUACCAUACGUGGGCGCACGAGCUAGAAGCCAAAAAGGAGAAGCCUCCACCACCACCACCCACGGAGGAGGGUUCCUCCGGCGAAACAUCCGGUCCAGACAGCCCCGGACAAUCGAUGGACGAGGAAGAAGAAGAGGAGCUGCCGAAGGAUCUCGAAGAGCAACAAUCGCGACGAAGCUCCAACGGUUCGACGCUACGUCACAGCGAGAAGAUGCCGCAGGGCUCGGAUUCCUUGUCCCGCGAAGGUAGCGUAAGUGUACCACCUAGCGAAGUGUCGGUCAGCAUCCCGGGAGCUUGGGAUUCUGAAAGCACUGUCCUUGAAGGCCUCGAGCGCGAUGGAGCCGGUAGCGCCGAGACAGCUACCACGGCGACCUUGAGUCUACCGAAGAUCAAGAUCGACUCCUCGUCCUGCGGAAGCUCGGACACGACAUUGAAGGAGGGCCAGGUGAGUCCUGGCCCACCCGGGUCCAAGUGGAAGCUGCUCAAGGCCUUGAAGGAACGUAAGGCCGAGGAGAAGCUCAAGGAGGUCGAAGAGGCCUCUAAGGAGAACGCUAUCUCUCAGGGACCCACGGCAAACGGCAGCGGACCGGGCGGCGAAUCCGGUGGACGAGCGAACGGACAUCCAGGCGACAAUCCCUUCUACAGCACCAUCGACAGCAUGCCGGACAUUCGACCGCGCCGGAAGUCGAUACCAUUGGUUUCCGAGCUGGUCUUGAAGACCAUGGCAGCGACGAAGAGGAACGCUGGUCUCACAUCCGCCGUACCUCGAGCGACGCUGAACGACGAAGAGCUGAAGAUGCACGUGUACAAGAAAACUCUGCAAGCGAUGAUCUACCCUAUAUCAUCGACCACUCCUCACAACUUCGUCACUUGGACGGCCACGUCGCCGACGUACUGCUACGAGUGCGAGGGUCUUCUCUGGGGCAUUGCUCGACAGGGAGUUCGAUGUAUGGAGUGCGGUGUCAAAUGUCACGAAAAGUGCAAGGACCUCCUAAACGCCGAUUGCUUGCAGAGGGCGGCUGAGAAGAGCUCAAAGCACGGCGCUGAGGAUAAGGCGAUUAGCAUAAUCACGGCGAUGAAGGAGAGAAUGAAGCAAAGAGAACGAGAGAAACCGGAGAUCUUCGAGUUGAUUCGGUCAGUCUUCGGGGUCGACGAAAAGGCGCACGCGGGUCACAUGAUGGCGGUGGAGCAGUCAGUUUUGGACGGUACCAGCAAGUGGUCGGCGAAGAUCGCUAUUACAGUGAUCAGCGCUCAGGGAUUAAUCGCCAAAGAUAAGAGCGGCACAUCCGAUCCCUACGUGACGGUCCAAGUUGGCAAAGUAAAGAAACGCACGAGGACCAUGCCGCGGGAACUAAAUCCAGUCUGGCACGAAAAGUUCUACUUCGAGUGCCACAAUUCGUCCGAUCGGAUCAAAGUUCGGGUGUGGGACGAGGACAACGACCUGAAGUCGAAGCUGAGGCAAAAACUGACGAGGGAGAGCGACGACUUUCUUGGGCAGACCAUCAUCGAGGUACGGACUCUCAGCGGCGAGAUGGACGUCUGGUACAACCUGGAGAAGAGGACGGACAAGAGCGCAGUGUCGGGCGCCAUUCGACUGCACAUUAGCGUCGAGAUCAAGGGCGAGGAGAAGGUGGCACCUUACCACGUGCAGUACACUUGUCUGCACGAGAAUCUCUUUCACAGUCUGUGCGAAGAGAACGGCGGCAUGGUGAUCUUGCCUCCUCCUCAGAACAAGGGCGACGACGAUUGGAAGCUCUAUUUCGAUCCUCCCGGCGAAGAGCUCGUCGACGAAUUCGCCAUGCGUUACGGCAUCGAGAGCAUCUACCAGGCGAUGACGCACUUCCACUGCCUCUCAACCAAGUACCUGUGUCCAGGCGUGCCGGCCGUUAUGUCGACCCUCCUGGCAAACAUAAACGCGUACUACGCCCACACGACCGCCAGUCCGGCCGUGUCGGCCAGUGAUAGAUUUGCCGCCAGUAACUUCGGGAAAGAAAAAUUCGUCAAGCUACUGGAUCAGCUGCACAACUCCCUCAGGAUCGACCUGUCGAUGUACAGGAACAACUUCCCGGCCUCGACUCAGGAGAAGCUGAUGGACCUGAAGAGCACCGUGGACCUGCUGACGAGCAUUACGUUCUUCCGUAUGAAGGUCCAGGAACUGUCGAGCCCGCCGCGGGCCAGCACCGUCGUGAAGGACUGCGUGAAGGCGUGCCUGCGAUCGACCUACCAGUUCCUCUUCGAGAACUGUUACGAUUUGUACAAUCGAGAGUUCCAGGCGGAUCCGAACGAGGCAAAACGGGAUUCGGACGAUCAUGGGCCGCGGCUCGACUCGCUCGACUUCUGGCACAAGCUGAUCGCCCUGAUAGUCUCGGUGAUCGAGGAGGACAAGAACAGCUAUGCGCCCGUGUUAAAUCAAUUCCCUCAGGAGUUCAACAUCGGUCAACUGUCGGCGGCCACGAUGUGGUCCUUGUUCGCGGUGGACAUGAAGUACGCCCUGGAGGAGCACGAGCAGCAUAGACUGUGCAAGUCCUCGGCCUAUAUGAAUCUGCACUUCAAAGUCAAGUGGCUGCACGCCAAUUACGUCAAAGACGUGCCGCCAUACAAGGGCGCCGUACCAGAAUACCCGGCCUGGUUCGAGCCUUUCGUCAUGCAAUGGCUCAAUGAAAACGAUGACGUCUCAUUAGAAUAUCUCCACGGUGCCUUUAGUAGAGAUAAAAAGGAAGGCUUCCAGAAGAGCAGCGAGCAUGUGCUUUUCAGCGUCUCCGUCGUCGAUGUUUUCACACAGCUGACGCAGUGCUUCGACGUGGUGUCGAAGCUGGAAUGUCCGGACCCGGAGAUCUGGAAGAGAUAUAUGAAGAGAUUCGCGAAGACCAUCGUCAAAGUUUUGGUGGCUUACGCGGAUAUAGUGAAGAAGGAAUUCCCCAGCCAUCUGAAGGAGGAACGAAUUGCGUGCAUUUUAAUGAACAACAUCCAACAACUUCGGGUGCAAUUAGAAAAGAUGUUCGAGUCGAUGGGUGGCGACAAGCUCGAGGAGGACGCGGCGAACAUAUUGAAAGAGCUGCAACAACAACUGAACAGCGCUCUGGAUGAUUUGGCUAUACUAUUCGCGAACAGUUUGGAACCGCGAAUAACAGUUUCCGUCAGGGAGCUAGGAGAUCUUUUGUUGGCUAUCAAAGGCGGAGGACAGGUAACCCUGUCGCAGCCAGCGCAAAGAAACAACGUAAACGCGGAGGCCGACGACGUUUUGAGGCCACUCAUGGUUCUACUCGACGGUAGCCUAUCUCUAUACGCUGAAUCGUGCGAGAAAACGGUAUUGAAGAGACUAUUGAAAGAAUUGUGGAAGAUAGUCAUGAGAAUUUUAGAAAAGACCGUCGUUUUGCCACCUAUGACGGAUAAGAGCAUGAUGUUCAAGAAUCUGACGGAUAACGCAAAGAAUCUCGCUGCGAACGCCAAGAUAGAAGACAUGUCGAAGCUGUUUAAGAACCACAUGGCUGGAAAACCCGAUGUCAAGAAUGCUCUCAGCGGAGUUAUGGAUAUCUCCAAGGAAGUGGAAAAGAAUCUUUCGCCGAAGCAGUGCGCGGUUCUCGAGGCCGCUCUGGACACAAUCAAACAGUACUUCCACGCCGGCGGUAACGGCUUGAAGAAGACGUUCCUGGAGAAAUCACCGGAACUGCAGAGCCUCCGUUAUGCGUUAAGCUUGUACACGCAGACGACGGACACCCUCAUCAAGACCUUCGUCACCUCGCAAGUCAACCAAGUGCCGCUGAACGAUGCGUCAACGCUACGUCAGCGUCAGCGUUCGAUGAGCAGCGAGAGAGGUGACGAAGGGGAAGGAGCCGAGGGUAUGGAAAGCCUCGAGGAACCCCUUCGCCAGACCAAGCCCUCUCUUCGUCGAGAGAGCCGACAAGUUCCAGAUACCGCCGGUUCGGACGAAGGUUCGGUAGGCGAGGUGAGCAUCCAGGUGGAUCUCUUUACACAUCCGGGAACGGGAGAGCAGAAAGUCACCGUCAAAGUUGUGGCCGCGAACGAUCUGAAGUGGCAGUUGGCAACGGGCAUGUUCAGGCCGUACGUUGAAGUGAAUCUAAUCGGACCGCAUCUUACUGGCAAGAAAAGGAAACAAUCGACGAAAUCAAAGAGCAAUAACUGGUCGCCGCAAUUUAAUGAGAGCUUUGACUUUAUGAUCGGUAACGAGCAACAACAGCUAGAUUUCUACGAAUUGCACAUCUGCGUAAAGGAUUAUUGCUUCGCGAGGGAGGACAGGCUCGUCGGAGUCGCGGUGAUGCAACUCAAGGACAUCGUCGAGGAGGGCUCGUGCGCAUGCUGGCUGUCGCUCGGCAAGCGUAUCCAGAUGGACGAGACUGGCUACACGAUCUUGCGCAUCCUAUCGCAGCGCAACAACGACGAGAUUGCCAAGGAAUUCGUGAAGCUGAAGAGUGACAUCAGGCAGGAGGCACCGCUACCGAAUCCUACUUGAGGAGACACGACGUUGCGUUAAUAAGCCGAUAGCGAAGCGACUCGAGUACUUCGAGCUUGGAAAGAGCCCGAAGAGGAGAAGAAAGAGAAAGAGAAGAAAAGAGCAGGAAGAGAAGGAGGAGGAGAAGCAGGAGGCCGUCCAAAGGGGGUCAGCAUUUUGAUGCCUUCGGUGCCACAAGCGAACAAAACCUUUCACGAUUCCGUGAGAGAGAUGUAAUUCGCGCGAUUUCACCCGGCGAAAACGAUCGCCCCGAACCCUUCCGCCCUUCUUCGCCGAGAGGCACGCAACUCAAGGAGGGACAAUCCUAGCGACGGGAUUCGAUUUACCGUGAAACUUCUUCUCUCCAGCUUCCCUCGCGCCGUGGAGUUCGUAAUCGAGCGUAAUUCCUCUCCCUUUUUUACGAGACUCUCUCACACACACACACACAUACACACAGAGCUUCAACCCCGUCCCUGGACAGCGACGAUGCACCGGGAACCACCAUCUUCCACAGAUCUCGAGAUAGGACGACGAGCUAGGUCAACCCCGCGUGGCUCGGCGUUCGUCCUGCGUACUACUACAAUAAUGAAAAAAGAGCUAUUCCUCCCGCCUGGAUUUAUAGAGAAUUAAAAUAAUCGACAAAGCAGAGCUCGCGAUAACGACGACAAUGAGUGAUGCUCCGGUACUACUAUGAGACAAGAGACAGAUCGGACUCUUCUUCGUGCGGGUGUCGCAGGCGAGACGCAGGGAGAGAUGGAGAUACGAAGGAGAGAGUGUUCGCUAGACAAAAAACGCGAAACGUGAAAACAGUGCUGCCAGUACGCAAUAUAUUUGGUAAUAUUCGUAAUGUAAGAUAGAACGAGAGAUCAACACCGCGAACAAACUCAAGUACAGGUGCUUCGCGCAAAAGGCGACAGAGACUCUCUCGAUCGGACGCGCCGCCGUUCGCCGAAAGACUGACUUCGAAAUGGAAGAGGACGAAGAGCGAGUCCACGUAUGGUGGGGUCCUUGAUCGCGACGCGGCUGCAUGUGCUGUAAACAAAGGGCGAAGUCGAAAAUACACCCGGAAUCGUAUAUAUAAAGAUUACAUACCACGCACGUACGCAUAACACUCCAUGUACGUUUACACACGUGCGCGCGCAAUACGACCGCGUCGUUUUUAGGCCGUUUGUUCGGGAGGAUGAGUUUACUGUAGAUACGUGAAAACAUUGUUGAGACGAAGAAGUUUUUUCUAAAUAUACAGUUUAAAUGUAGCAUUGCGUACGACCAAAUAGGCACGUCCUGUGACGUCACGUAGCGACGUGCCAUUAGUAAUAAAAAAAAAAAACAGAUAAAAGUUAGUAAGGCAUUGUAAUUGUAAAGUACGUUCUUAUUCGUAAGAUUAUACCAGAAAUGAUCGUAAGAGUCUGACUGUUGCUGAUGCUGUUGCUGCUGUUGCGAAUGAAUGAUGCCGUGAUCCGCCCGAAAGCUUCGAGAGCUACGCGAGAGCAGCGUACCGAUUCCAGACCGUUGCCGAGCGAAAGAUGUACGAGCGAAACAUCCCUUCGCGCCUCCGGAAGUCGCGCAUUAACGUAACCAGCGAUACGCCCCCGACACGCUGCGAACGCGAAUCCUCGGUCUACGAACUGGCGAGCGAACGAGUCUACAAAAUUGAACUUUACACUCCUGUAAAUAAGUGCUGUCGGUACUCGGAUACCCUGGGUACUUUGAAUAUUAUCUGAGUGUGACCGAUUACUGGAUAUUAUCAAAGUUAGGUAAUACCCGAGCUAUUCGAGUAAUGUAUCCGUGAACUUCGACGGCUACUUGUAAUCUUGUAGCGCGCGCGCAAGUAAUUAUAUCGUAGCUUUUGAUUCUCUCUCUUUAGCUAUCGCUGUUUUUUUACGCCUAUCUCGGAAUGUGACGUGAGGCACUGGACGUUAAAGCUACUGUUAUUAGUAUAACUACCUCUACCGUCUAUUAGCUUCAUCCGCAUCUUGUACAUCUUACCUCGUGUGCAUAGCGGACGUUCGCCCGUCCGUAGAAACGCAUCCACCGCGUUUUCGCCGAUCUCUUUUUAUCAGGAACACGUAUCGCGCCGAAAAGGUGGGUAGAGAGAACCCCUCUUCGCUAUCAUCCGCUACGAUCGCACGAAGCUUCGGUCGGAUCCCUCCGUGAGAGAAACUCGAAGGCACGCGACCUCGUAUCCGAUGAAUCCAGUCAUCGUCCAGCCCAGGGCUGCAGAGUCGGGCGGGGCAAGUACAACACAACUCCGGAGAUUACGCUAUUAUAUUCAAAAGUUUCUACUACGUAGUACGUCUAGAUUAUACUUACGUAUUGUGUAUAGUGUCUAAAACUGCUGAUGUAGCUGCGAGCGCGGGAUUUUCGAUCGGCAGAUAGAGAAAAAGAGAGACGAGAGCCAUCUAAAUAAUGAACGUCCGAUUAUCUCAUUGUCAGCUGCAGGUGCUUACCAAAUUUGAGUACACGUCGAAGCAUUAGGCCGUGAAUUAAAGAAUUCCACAUAACAGUGAUCGAGCUCGCCUCUUUAAGAAUCUGAGAGAAUUAAUCUUAACAUUAAGAAAUAUAAAGUAACUUUAAUCGAUUAUAAAUUAAUAAUUUAUAUUCGCUAAGUUUAGAUUAAUUUGUUUAAGUAUUUUUUAAAAGAAAAGUGGGACAGAUUGUUACGGUAUCGAAUUCUUCAAAAUAUCUUUAGCCAAUGAUAUAAGAUGUUCGAAAUUGUAUUACAAUUCUGUUGGAAGUUUUUUUUAACUUCAAUUCGGUGACCGAUUUACGAAGCACCUGCAUCUGCAUAUGUCGUUGACGGUUAUCGGGAAAAUUCAAGCUGAUAGGAAAGAAAAACACGGGUCCGCGAUCUCGCCACCAUCUUCAUUUAUAAAAGUGUCUAUUUUCUCCGCUGCCUAACACUAAGUACAUUACUUAAUACGAAAGGGCUGGCGAAUUCGGCACUCAGAUCGGCCACGUCGACGGGGCAGCACACCCAGACGAUUACUUCGGCACUCGUUCCCCCCCGAUCGCAGAUCCACCCGCAACCACCCGCGACCGUCGACGGGGUCGGCCGCCAAUUUUUCCUCCUACUCUCCGCUUCGAUUAAUAUCUUGUAAGCUUAAUGAAAAUAUCUCGUGUAUUCUGUGAUAAUUACCCCUUAAAGAGGACAUUGACACGCUACACCUUACACGCACAAGAAACAUAUACACGUACACGUACGAGGCAAGACCUGCAGACGGAGUUCGUGUACCUGCGCGGAAAAUGGAAAUUGUACAGAAAAAUUGGAAACAGAUAACAAAGAUAGAUGACUACGACAUUACACCGAUCCUAAACAUAGCAACAGUAUUUUUCUUCUUUAAAUACAUUCCCAUAUUUCUAUUCUCUGUAAACGUCCGAGGAGUCUCGUCGCAAUAAUGAGAGUAAAAGAAAGAGAGAUUAUAUAUAUAUAUAUAUAUUACGUACAGAGUGAUCCAGAUUCGCCUCCACUUCCCUUCAUCUAUCGAUUCUGUGGCCAAUUCGCAGUUGAUUUCUCCUUAACGAAAGUUUUAUCCUUUUUCACAACUUUCUAAUGUUAAAUACGUCUAAGCCGUAAAUAAAAAUACCGUGAAAGUAAAAUUUCCUUCGAAUUAAAUAAAGAAGGUCCGUCAUCUCUACUGCUCGUUGAAAUUCUUAGACUUUUUAUCACGUUACAGUUUAAAACUUAUCGCUGCCUUGACACUUUUCGUUUAAGGAAGAAUACUCGAAAUUGAUCGGAGAAUCCGUAGAUGGGCGAAACUUGGAACAUCCUGUGUACCGCAUUGACAAAUCGUAACUCUUCAGCCACGAUAUUACCAGCUGCAAGGAGAUAUUGACGCGAAAUUACAGGACGCAAAAGUAUGUAGUGUAUAACGACAAAAAUUCGGAAAUUCAGUGAACGAUUACACAUGACACGGUGCUGAUAAAAAAGAAUCCACUCGAAAAAGUAAAGCUCUGAAAUAAAUUACGUAAUUUACGAUUAAACCAUAUAUGUUUAGUUUAGCAUAUACUAUAAUUUUACGAGUUUUUAAGCCUUACCUAAAACAUAUUUUUCAUAGUUUUACAUCACUCUUAGUCCUCUCUGAGUGAAAUAAAUACAAUUACAAUUUUAAAUAAAUAAGUUUAUGAUUAAUUUUUUGGAAUGAUUCUGAAUCAUCUCUAAAUCGAUCCAUCAUUGCUUCACAGUUCCUUUCAAGCGUAAAAAAAAUAUUCAAAGUAAAGUAUCUCGGAUUAUCUCUCGUUUGUAUCGAAGGGAAAUCCCCAAGGGAUCGCCGCAAACUUUUGCGUCCGGUCGCCGAUGAAAGUGUAGAGAAUCACGAUCAGAAAUUCAAGGCAGACUCCAGACCGCUAAGUAAGCGAGAUAUACAUUUUUUUAGCAGGGGGAAGAGAGAGAGAGAUCACGUAACAAAGGGAAACUAAGGAGAAAAAAAAAGAUAUACACAACUGUUGACAAUACUAUGCUUGAGAAUCGUAUUGACACAUAUGUAAUGUACCUAAUAAAUAUAUAAAACAAGACGGGAUGUUUGUGUUUCGUAAGUAAAAGCGUAUUAAGAGUAAACUCGUAAUAGGGCGCGAGAGGAGGCACGAUGAAAACUCGCGCGAAAACGCGGAACGCGUAACUUUUGCGCGUAUCACCAGCGUGAUUUAUUAGGUAAUUACGACUAACGAGCGAGAAGAGAAGAAGCAAGCUUCGUCGUCCCACGGAAAGCGCCGUUAUUGUCGAGAAAAUUUUUCGAGCAAGGGAGAAUGGAAACGAAAGAGGGAGAGAGAUUUCGAUGACACGUCGCCGUUACGCAGGCCGCGAGCGUGCAAAGAUGACCCAAAGCAAUUGUAUCCGAGUAUGAAACACGCACAUUCAACACAAAGAGGAUUUAUCUGCGUAGAAUCCUAGAGUACCGAAUCUUCAUCGAUAAUUAACGUUUCGUUUGUUCACUCGCGCCGACGCGUUGUUCUCCAGCGAACCGGACGCACAUAUAUGUAAAUAAUGCCAUAUACAACACAAAAUACACAUCGCAUACACACAAACACACACUCACACACCCACAUUCGUGCGGAAUAGCGCUUGUGUGACUCCACAUAGUCCACAUUCACACGAUCGAAGCUCCGAACGCACGCGCCGUCGUUACGCUUCUCAUCUCUGAAAAACGGAUCAUUGUCAUCGUCGAUCAUUAUCAUCAUCGUCGCGGACAAAUUACCAGUAUUGUCCCACUGAUCGAUUCGCUCGAUUCGACGACAAUCCGUCGUAUCGGACGGCGAUCGUGCGGCUCGGGCAAGCGCGCGUUGCCUCUCCUGACAAUCCUGACAAUCCUGGUGACAUCAAUGCAUAGUGAGACGCGAUUUUCACGGAGGAUGUCGGCUCGCAUCAAUCGCACCGUUCAACUAGAUAUUAGAGAUCCAUAUAUACAGUACGACUUGCCUCGUUUUAAGGAUAUAUCGCGCAUCAUCCAUUAAAUAUCGUGCCGCACGUAGUUAGCGAAUAAAAAAAGUUAAAGAUAUAUAAAAUCUCUUCCUUGGGUUAUAAGAAAAUUCUAUUUCGUAUACGUUGAGGAGCUGUCGAUUCUAACGAUGAAUUCGUUAACCGUUUUCGUGUUAAUGCUAAACGUGAGAGAUCCUAGCUGUCGUAUGGCCAAUGUCGAGGUCCGUGUUCUGACGGCGUAUAUUCAGCGUAAGUACGAUUGUCUGAGACUCUCUCGCGUCAUGUUGACGUUAAAAAGGCGACCUUCGUGUGUGUAUUAGACAAAUAAAAAUUAAAACUCGGGCAACUGUAUUUCCAAGCGCUGAUUGCGCCGCGAGAACACGGUCCCGCCUGUUUAUUAUUUACAUUUAUAUAUUCAAUGAGUUCGUAUACAUAUAUUUAGAGAGUAAUCGAGUGUAGGUAUAUACGGUUGGAUUCCAGAGAGAAGUGUGGUACAUAAUGUGGAAUCAGAGCGAGAGAGAGAGAGAGAGAGAGAGAGAGAGAGAGAGAGAGAGAGAGGCUAAUGCCCGAGUGAUUAGUUAGGUAAUAAUGGGGAAACAUUGUAGUCGAAUGGACGAGGGAGAUAGAGAAAAGAGACGAUCGAGAGAGGGACCUAUUAGAGUUAUAUAUCAUCGUUGAAUCUCAUCGCACAUGCAUACACACACACCACGUGCCAUAUCAUCGCAUUAUUAUAUCAGAGAGAGACAGAGUUUAAAUACUAUUAAUUUUAAGUCGUAGCUAGAUAUACAGUUGUAUACAUAUGGCGUAUACAUAUACGGCGUGACGGAAUCACGCGGGGUGGAAAUCCGGCACGUGUACAGCAUUCGUUUGACUAACUGUGAUUUGUUGCUGGUCUUUAUUCGAGUAAUAAAACGUUGAUACACGCUGUAUAUGAUACAUAUACAGUGUGACAAGGGGGUGAGUGAAUGAAGACAUCGAGAUAAAAAAAGAUAUUCAAAAAUAUACGAAGAUACUCGUCUUCUAAAAAAUCUAAAAACGUUCGAAUUUCAAAGCGAACGCUAUAAAUAAUUGUCUCGAAAGAUGAUAAAUAAACGCGUUUUUUCUUCCUUAUUCAUUCGCCUCUUCAAUAAUAUUCUCUAUUGCGUAAGCGAACGCAAUAUAACGAAAUAGAAUUCUUGUUACUCGGAUAUCGACCGACAUUAUUUGCUCGCGCGAUCACAAUUAUUUCGGCCCGGUCGGAGACCUCGAGGUUUCCGACUCGGCGGGAGACGAGGGAGAGAUCGUUAGUGCGAACCUUGUUCAUUCAAUCGUCGUCAUCAUCAUCGUCAUGAUAGCGAGUCACACUCGCGUCGUUACGUCGACACCGAACGAAGCGUCUGUUCGCCGUUGCCCAACCGAAAAACACCCUCUGUAAUCUAAUUUUUCUUUUCUUUUUCGCAUCGACAGUACACACGCACGUGUAAGAUAUUAUCGCAUCUCGAUCGUGUAAUCACAGAAUAUAUUGCACAUACGACUGCACAUAUUAUAUACAUAUUUACAAGUGUGUAUAUACAUUAUAUAUACAUAUACAUAUACAUGGUCAUGAUCGCGAUCCGUGUUGCUGUCUCACCCGCUCGAUCGAAAAAUAAUUAUUCUGAACCAUCAUCACUUUCACUUUAUCUUUCCUCGAGUGAUUUGAAUCUAUUCUAAAACAUAUCUAAAACUCAGAGAAAAACGUACUUUUCCGCCCAUUUUCACCACACAAAUUAUAUUUUAAGAGUCAUAUUAUAUUAUUAUACAGGAUGUCCCUUCUCAUGCUAAGCGCGUUUCCUUUAAACUGCAAAUUUCUCAAUCAAGCUAAAAUUUAUUUUGUUUUUACAAAAGCAAUCUAGUUUUUACAAGGAACUGAAAAUCAAGGAGAUAAUACAUUUCUUGUGUUCUUCAUAUUUUUCAAUUAAUUAUAAGUAGUUUUGCUUGAAUAAGAUUUUAAUUUAAAACUUACGAAAAUAUAUGACGUUGAGGGUAUUGAAGGGUUACGAUAUAUUUGCUGAAGAAAAAGAACUCGAAAUUAAAAGGUUCUUUGGGCAAAGAGCAUGCAGUUCGGAGAAAUUAUGCUUAAGGAAAGAUAUCUUGUUGCAAAUAUACACAGACUGUUUAUCGUUGUAUUAUAAAUUGUCUAUAUCAGCUUUGUUGCAAAUGCUAUUUCACCGAACAUCUAGAAGAAACGUGGGAAAUAUCUCGAGAAGAAAUCCCGAGAGACAGCCACGGAGCGGUGAUUUUCCGAAUGUUCAUUAUCCCAUCAAAAUUACCCCCUCCCCCUAUAAAAAUUUCAAUGUUCCAACAUGUUUUUGCCUCCAUGUGUUACAAUGCGCUGUGCCGUGUUUUUUCUGACUGUCAUUCUCUUCUUUUGUCUCACACAAGUAAACGUAUGUGCAGGUAAUAAAACGGCUUGAGCGAGAAGUAAAGCGGAUGAGAGAAUGUUUCCACAGCCCAAUUCGUUUUCAGAACGAUUUUUGCCUGAGGAAACACUCUUCGAAAAGGGACGGAAUAGCUUGUCACUUCUUAUUUUCCAUUUUUCAGGUACGCUUUUGUUGUGACAAAAGUGUAAUAGAAAAGUGAAAACAGAAAAUAGACGUAUUCCGAUCUUCUUGGGAUAAUUGUACAUAAAAGGGGAAAAAUAUCGUUGUGAAGUGUUUCAAUAUACACGUUUCGUUUCCAUCGUGUUAGCAUAUUAAAAACGACAGACGGAGACAGAGAGAGAGAGAGAGAGAGACGGCCGCUGAACUUUACGACUACUUUAUUGCGUUGCGUUACUUCGUCGUAUAUACUUCCGCAUUGUAAAUGUUUUUAAAAAAAUAUCACGUUGCCUAUGGUAAAGUUGUUCGCAUCGCGAGGAGGAAUCGUAGCGGCUGCAUCUUGCUCGGUAUCCGAAGAUCUUCGAAAAAUCUCGUCGAAUUUUGUAGAGACGAUUCUAUCAACGUUAUUCAAUUCUCUGUAAUAGCAAGUGAUUGUUUCGUUUUAGAUAAUAGCGUAGUACGUAGAACAAUAUGCAUAGUAUAAUGGACGUAAUUUAGUUAAUUAUAAGAAAAGCCUGUUAUAACUCAAGGUUGGUAGAAUCAAUCCGGAAACGCGAGAACGAGUCUUUAUAAACACUCGGGCGAUCAGGCAGCCGCUAUCGUGCCUCUAGCGAGUCUGUAAAGUAUCGAAGUUUUUACGGUUGGCGUCCUAAGAACAAAGUAAACGAGUCACACGUUCGAUAUGACAAUUCCUUUAAUUUCGCAACUUCCUUACCCGCGGUCCGUUUUCGCGCACUUCUCUCGUUCCUCGUUUUGCGAUCAACGUACCAUAUCCGAAGGGUGCUCUUAAAAAAAAAAAUGGAAUAUAGCGAGAGGGAAAGUGAAAGUGAAACCUUGCGAUGUAUCAAGACGGUGCGUACCGUUUGAGCGAGGGGGUAGAAAAGGAUGGCUUUCUUAUUGGGAUAAGCUGCCUCAGGGGAAGGUAAAUCCAGGGACUCUAAUAAACUUAUCCGAAACUA